AUGGACUGCAAGAUUUUAGUAUACUUUAUUUUAAUCAACUCUUUCAGUGAAGCACUGCCGACUGAUGCAGGAUAUACUGACUACAUAUCAUCUAGCCAUGAAGAUGAGUAUCAGAAUAAACUAUCAAAGGAAGGAGAGAAACAAAAAAUGGAAACUAGUACUAAGCCGAUAUCAAGUUAUGAAGUCACAGAAAUAGUUAACGAUAUAGCUAAUGAUCGAAAUAUUGGACCAAUACAUACUAAUUUUACAAUACAAAAACCGCUAAAUAUUGCAUCAACCAUUAAAGUACCUGUUACAGAAAACGAUCAAGUAACAGAUGAAGAAGAAGAAAAGAAAAAUUGUAUUACCAUUUUACGUGUCAAAGCUGAAUAUGACAAUCGUAAAGAUAUAAAUAGCAUAAAUGAAGAAGAUUUAGUUUUUAAUAAAGUACCUCAUAUUUCUGGGAUAAAAGACUACCUUUAUGGCAUUAAGAAAGGAAUUGUUAGUGGAUUCAAUAGUAUUAUACAUAGAAGCAAAAGUAAAGAAAGUGUCGAUGAUGACGAAGACACUGGACCGUUAUCUAUAUUUGACAAACUACACAAGAAAAGUACAGAUGUGGCACAUAAAGUUAGCUCUGUCAUAUUUGGGGAAAAAUUUGAUGAUGUUUUUGAAAGUCGG